ACAACUUAAAUCAAGAAAAAUGGACGAGAAAAGCUGAUAAGAGAGUUCAUAGAACCUUUCAGGAAUCCAAGACAGGGGAACCCAAUAUAUGUUCCGUUUGGUGUCAGGGGGAAGAUGGUAAAAUCACCUCAUUGUCGACCAAUUCCAAUAAUAACCAUAUGGGACAUGGUAGCCCUUCUUUGGACAAUCUACAUUAUGAAAAUGAAGGAUUUCGAGGAAAUGGAGCUUCAAGACCAGAAGAAAUAUCUUUCCAGAAUGCUAAUUGUCUUUGCCGACAAAAUCACAAUGAUGAAUACGGAAAGUUCGCAUCGCCCAUCAACAGUAAAUGUAACGAUUUUAACGGAAAAGGUGAAGAUCAUAAAAUUUAUGUUCAGGGCAUCAGUUCGCACGUCACAAAAGAUCAACAAUUUAGUAGCACAGUCGAGGGUGAAAUCUAUACCGAUCCUACAAUGACACCGUGUCAUUUUGUGAUCCCAAACAUUCAAUCUAUUGAAGAAAGAGUUUCGGAAACCAUGUCUCCAAUGCCGAAG